UUAAAAAUUUUAAAAAUUUUAAAAAUUUAAACCUCACGUUCGAGACAUUAGAACGGUGGUGUCUGGCAGUGCUCUCAUUCUCGGUUAGAAUCUUCAUUUUGGUAGAAAAUCGAGAGAAGAUAAUAUGAGUUGCGGCGAUUUCUAGAGAACUAGAGGGAAGGCAUGUUCUUGAAUCUUCCUUCACUCACCGUUCGAUCCAUCAAUCUUCCAUUUUUCUUUUCAUCGGUUCGGUUACCGAAUUGUUCAUUCAGGUUGAAGAAAUUUUCUAGGUCUGCGUUCGUCCAUAUGGGUCAAGAAGUUCUGAAUCCUUUUAGUAGAAGGCGCGCGCAGUUUCGUUUGUGCAAUGUAUCAGGUUACACUAAUGAACUGCUGGAGAUUCAUGCGGAUGAUCCAUCGUUGCACGUAUUGUUCAUACCUGGAAAUCCAGGAAUUGUUUCAUUUUAUAAAGAUUUUGUUGAAUCCCUGUAUCAGUUGCUUGGGGGCCGUGUAUCUAUUACAGCUAUUGGUCAUCUAUCUCAAACGACGAAGGACUGGGAAGGUGGAAGGUUAUUUUCAUUACAAGAACAAAUUGAUCAUAAGAUAGAAUUUGUCAGACAAGAAUUACAGAAUAAAGACAUUCCAUUGCUACUGGUUGGGCAUUCUAUUGGAUCGUAUAUCUCGAUUGAAUUGUACCGCAAGUUCCAAGAUCAGGUGGUGUAUUGUAUUGGAUUGCAUCCAUUUAUGAUGGUGAACAGACAAUCUCGUCAGCAAUUUUUAAUUGGCAAACUUGCAGGAUCCCGUCUUCUAUCAACUUUGUUUUCAUCUUUCGUCGCACUGUUGGGUGUAUUACCAAGCCGAGUUUCAAGUUUUGUUGUGAGUAAAACUAUUGGGAAGUCAUGGUCCAGAACUGCAAGUGAGGCUGCUUGCACUUAUUUGCUAAAGUACCAUGUCAUGCGAAAUAUUCUAUUUAUGGCGUUGACAGAGUUCGAGAAGCUUUCAGAAACACCAGAUUGGGCCUUCAUGAAGAAAUCAAGUCGGAAAUUAUCAUUUUUGUUCUGUAUGGAUGACCACUGGGCUCCAAUGCAUGUGUUUGAGGAGAUAUCGAAGCAGAUCCCUGAAAUGGAUGUAUCAGUUGAAAGGGAAGGUCAUACUCAUGCAUUUUGCUGCUCUGAAGCUGGCUCACUCUACAUUGCUCAACAUGUGGCAAGCUUGAUCAAGAAUCACAUCUCAGAUUAAGGUCAGAUUCAUUCAUUCCUUCCUUCCUUCCUUCUUACUCCAUUAGAGACUUCCUUUGUGUUUUAUAUCGGAUGUUCGUUCUUAACGUUUUGUAGUAGCAGCACAUGCUUUUCGACAACGUACGUCUCCCCCUACACUAUCAUUCCUAUAGAAACCUCAUGUUGUCAGACAGGAAAAUAGAACAAUGGAAGCACACGUUGUGUUUUACUGAGAUGGUUCGAAUAAGUGUCGAAUAUCAGAAUGUUUAUAGGUUCAUCCAAGAAAUCAUCUGUAUUUGAAACUCAUAGAAUUAAUCUACUUUGAAGUCAUAAAUAAGUGAUAAAUGUUACCAUUUUUUUACCUUAAUACUUUCAAUAAGUUUAAGAUAAAAUGUUACAUUAACCAAGAUUAAGGUAAAUGUUACAAUUUUUUACCA